CAUUCCUGCUGCGGGGGGCAGAUAGUGCCACUGAGUGUAAGACAGUGGCUCAUGCGCUUUCUGUGGACAAGCUAGCAUGCUCAAUUUAAUUUAGUUGCGUUAAACAGAACUAUUGUUUUGCUCACAGCCUUUUUUUCUCGAAAUUGAAAGGAUAAUUCUAAUAAACUGAAAAGAUGGCUGGCUCCAUCUUCACUAACCUGGAUAACCUGUGUAACGUGGAUUGUAGCAAUGUCCACCCUCUUAUGUGCCACCUUUGCCACGAGCAGUACCAAUCCCCUUGUCUGCUGGACUGUUACCACAUCUUCUGUGCCCGCUGCUUAAGAGGCCGCACCAAUGACAACCGCCUCAACUGCCCCCUCUGUGGGUAUCCAUCUAUGCUUAAGGGGAAUAAUGCCCUCCCACCAGAAGAUCGUCUGUUAAAGUUUCUUGUUGACAGCAACACAGACUGUGAGGAGACAGUGCUGUGUGCAAACUGUGAUGAGGAGAGCAGCAAAAAGGACCAAGGAGUCAUGUAUUACUGUAACACAUGCAGCCAGCCUCUGUGUGCCUCCUGCCGUGAGCUGACACAUAAAGCCAGAAUGUUUGCCCAUCAUGAGAUUGUGUCCUUGGCCAAGCGCACCCGAGCCAAACACAAGAUGUGCUCUCUUCACCAGGAGCCCUAUAUCCUCUUCUCAACCCAGAACAAGUCAAUGCUUUGCAUCAAGUGCUUCAGAGACAUGCAAGUAGAGAGUCGGACCCACUGCAUUGAUAUUGAAACUGCAUAUGUCCAGGGCUGUGAGAUGUUGGACCAGGCUGUCUUGGUGGUGAAAGAGCUCCAGACUUCAGCACGAGAGGCAAUAGUUCUUCUGAGAGCGAUGAUAGGCGAAGUGUGCUUGAAUGUGGAGGAAGAGGAGAGUGCAAUUUGUACUCUGUUCAACAGCUUACAGGAGAAGUUGGCAGAAAGAAAGAAGAUUCUGUUAAAAGCAGCCCAAAGUCAACAUGAGGAGAAGGAGAAAGCACUGAAGGAGCAGCUCUCACACCUCACUGCUCUCCUGCCUACACUUCAGGUUCAUCUUGUCACAUGUUCUGCUUUUCUCAACUCAGCCAACAAGUUUGAGUUUCUGGAUAUGGGCUAUCAACUGAUGGAACGGCUACAGCGGAUAGUAAAACUGCCUCAUCGACUCAGACCAGUACAGAGCAGCAAAAUCAACACUGACUAUCGCAGUGAGUUUGCCCGGUGUCUUGAGCCGCUGCUGCUGAUCGGAGCACGCGUCCCUGUUUCUGUCAGUGGCUGCACCAACAGGCUGCAGUCUCCUCUGUCUGUGUGCUGCCGCUCCCCGUCCCUCAGUGAGAUGCCCGUGGGCUCCAUGCUCGGGCGCAAACCCACCUCUCACCGAAACGUCUGCACCAAGGUCCUGUUGGCAGAGGGCAGAGAGACCCCCUUCACUGAGCACUGCCGCAGCUAUGAGAACAAUUACAGGACUUUGCAGGCAGACAUCCAGAGCUUGAAGGAUCAGGUUCAGGAGCUGCACCGGGAUCUGACCAAGCACCACUCCAUCAUCAACACAGAGAAGAUGGGAGAGAUCCUGGACAGGUCUCUCCACAUUGACCACCAGAUUACCUCCCAGUACUCCACAGUGGAGACUAUGAGGGCCAUAUUUGAAGAGAUCUGGGAAGACACUUUCCAGAGAGUCACAAAUGAGCAAGAAAUCUAUGAAGCCCAGUUGCAUGAUCUACUGCAGCUGAAGCAAGAGAAUUCCUACCUGACCACAAUCGCAAAACAAAUCAACCCUUAUAUCAUGUCCAUAGCCAAGGUCAAAGAGAGACUGGAGCCCAGAUUUCAGGAAUCAAAAGAACCCCAUGAUGACCGCACAGACACAAUGCUAACAAUUUAUGAAGACAGUGCUUUGCGGAAACAAAGUCAUGACAGUAAUACCCGUCUUAGCGACCCAGACCGCAUGAGCCUCCUGCUGAUCCCAGAUUCAGGGGAGAGUCCUGUCAAGACCAAUCGACCCAUCCUCCAGAGGGUCCCCACAGAGACGUCCAGUCACCACCAGAUGCCUUCAUAAACGCCAACAUUUGAUUUUCUGUCCUCCCUUAUCCCCCUCAAUGCAGCUACGUGCCUUAAUGCAAGCACAACAUACUUUAGCACGGCACCCGGGACUUCCACUGCUGCGCUGAUACAAGAGAAUAAAUAACUGUCAAGCAGCCCCCCCCACCCGCCCCACUUCCAUGCCGCCCCCACACCCCCCCUCAAGGUGAACUCAUGGACAACCAUUACCGGGACAGGCUGGUGGAGGUCAGAGACUCAAUGCUGUCAACACACUACAAAUUAUACUUUUUGUUUUUUAGCAAACAUGGAAUAACGGUGCACUUUGAUUGGAACUUGGUUAGUUUUGCCUUUAAAUGUGUUAGCUGUAAUUUCCUGAUAUACUUCUUGUCUAAUAUUG